CAACUGCAUGCCCCAGGGUGUGUACAACCAACAGAUCCUACACAGUAUUGCUACCAUUGCGCGACUUUACAUGGCCUUUCAUGUCGGAUAUGUCUCGCCGAUGAGGGGUAACCCAACACUCCUGGCGAAUAGAUUCUGCAUGAAGAGCCAAGGCUAGUGGUUGGUUCUCUCAACGCAACCCUUGAUCACUUUGUGUUUGACCGGUCCAUGUGGUGAUGCUUGAUCGUUUGAGAGUAGCCUGCUGCCUUGAACUCCUGGUUUAAAUGCUGCUCGUAUUUCUCCCACUUGCUCUUUUCUGAGGUUGGCAGCAGCGCAACUCAAAGCCUUUCUCUAGACCUCCACUUGAUACUUCUAAACGAACACAAUCACUCAAAAUGGCAUCGUCCGGGUCGAACACACGUAUUCAGCAGCUCGCAGAGACAAUCUCAGCCUCUGUUGCAAAGAUCCAGGCGGGACUGGCGGCCAAGAACCUUCCCUCGCCUUCUUUUGACGAGAAUGCACCGCCAUCGCUCCCCCUCGAGCUGAGCGAUGCUCAAGACGCUGUUCUUGACGCAACGGCCGAGUUGCGUGAUUUGCUGAUGGAGCCCAUGACCUUGAUUCACGGGCAUGGCGGGCACAACAACUCGCUUUGCGAGGAGGUCAUUGCUCACUUUGGCAUCGCAGCCAUGGUUCCGCUUGGCGGAAAGGUGUCUUUUGCCGAUAUUGCCAAACAGACCCCACUGACGGAGCAGAUGGUCACCCGCAUUCUACGACAUGCGAUGACUAUGCGCAUUUUCCAUGAGCCGGAACCUGGCAUGGUGGCACACACCAAGGCCUCUAAGAUUUUGACCGAUGCUGUCAUCAACAACUGGCUUCGCGUCGGGACCGAGGAGAUGUGGCCGGCUUCUGCAAAGGUGCUUGAUGCCCUGAUCAAAUACCCUGGAUCCCAGGAGCCCAAUGAGACAGGGUUCUGCAUAGCAAACAACACGACUGAGUCCAUCUAUGCUGCCCUUGGAGCCGACCCAGAACGUGCCGGCCGCUUCGGACAAGCCAUGAUGGUGUAUGGCAGCAAGCCGGAGCACAGCCCAGCGUUCAUCAUUGAUUAUUACGACUGGGCAUCUCUUGGCAGUGCCAAGGUUGUACACGUGGGUGGUGGCCCAGGUCAAAUUGCCACAGCACUUGCCGCGCGGUAUGCCAAUUUGAACCUGGUUGUACAAGACCAGGAAUUCAUGAUGGGACCCAAGGAGGCCGGUCUGCCUCAGGAGGUCAAGGGCCGAGUAUCUUUCCAACCGCACGAUUUCUUUGCCCCCCAGACCGAGACAGCUGAUGUAUACUACUAUCGCUGGACGCUUCGCAAUUGGGCCGACAAGCACGCCAUCAAUGCACUAAGGGCUUUGCUACCGGGCCUGAAGCCUGGCGGCAGAGUCAUCAUUCAAGACCAGAUCAUGCCUGAGCCAGGAACAGUGCCAUUGUGGAAGGAGAAGAAUGCUAGAUCUGGUGAUUUGAGUCUGGCUGCUUCCUUUAACUCACGCGACCGGACUGUUUCUGACUGGAGGGCCUUGCUGCAAGAAGCUGACCCUGGGUUCAUCGUGAAAAAUGUCACGGAACCCAAGGGAUCCGCGCUGGGGAUCAUUGAGGCCAUAUGGGAGGGAAAGGCUUAGAAUGGCAAGGCCUUCGACCCUUUUGUCUGCUGCACAGAGAAACUGCAGGUGCAUGCAAAUGCGCUCAGUCCUCAAGUGCUCCCAGGUUGGAACUGAGCUAUGCUGAAGGAAUCUCACCGCAUGAGCAACCUCCACAUCUGAGGUUCCAAUCCAUUCCUCAUAAUUUGUUGUCUAUGAACCUUGAAACUGCUGUUAGACACCGCAUGAAUCUACGCCAAGCCUAAGUAAUGUAAAAGACAUUUGAAGU